AUGAAAUCCUGUAUCAAGCACUUCAUCCGUUACAAUUCCACUUCUUCAAAGUGGACUAGAUUCGUGCCUACCACUGGUACCUAUCCUGAGGGCUUCAAGGUUGCCUCGAUUCAUUGUGGGAUAAAAAAGAAUAAUAGCCAAGAUUUGGCUUUGCUUGUUUCUGAAAAACCAGCAAAUGCUGCUGCCGUCUUCACUACUAAUCAGUUUCAAGCUGCUCCUGUUCAUAUCUCUAGAAAGAACUUGCAAGUUAGUGAGGGAAAGAUCCAAGCAGUGAUCAUCAAUUCCGGAUGUGCUAAUGCCAUCACUGGAGAACAGGGUCUUAAGGACGCCCAAACAAUGACAGACGAGGUCGAUUCUAUCCUCGGCAACAAUAAAGCCAGCACUCUUGUAAUGUCAACUGGGGUGAUUGGUCAAUUGCUCCCAAUUGACAAGAUCACUGCCGGUAUCAAAAAGAUCUUUGGUGAGCUAGAUGCUUCUCAUGACUCCUGGUUACGUUAUGCCAAAGGUAUCAUGACCACUGAUACUUUCCCUAAACUUGUUUCAAGAAAAUUCACCAUUGGUGGCAAGUCUUAUUCUGUGGCAGGUGUUUCCAAAGGUGCUGGGAUGAUUUCUCCAAACAUGGCUACCUUAUUGGGGGCAAUUGUCACUGAUGCUCCAGUUUCUUCUAGUGCUCUCAAAUCAAUUCUUCAAUAUUCUGUCAACAGAUCAUACAAUUGUGUUUCUGUCGAUGGUGAUAUGUCAACUAACGACACCAUUGCUGCGCUUGCCAAUGGUGAAGGUGCUCCAAUUACUGAAGAGUCUCCAGAAUUCGAAGUUAUCAAACAAGAAUUUUCUGAGGUGGCCAAAGACCUUGCCAAACUUUUGGUGAGAGAUGGUGAAGGUGCAACAAAGUUUGUAACCUUGAAUGUUAACAACUGUACAUCUUAUGAAAUGGCGCACAAGAUUGCUGCAACUAUCUCGAACUCUCCUUUGGUGAAAACUGCUUUAUUUGGUAAAGACGCUAACUGGGGUAGAAUCUUGGCUGCCAUUGGCUACACUGACUUUGGCGCGCCAACCAAGCUCGAUCUAACCAAGAUUUCUCUUUCAUUUGUUCCAACUGACGGUUCAGAAACUUUAAAGUUACUCGUUAAUGGUGAACCUCAACUAGUCAAUGAAGAAAGAGCUUCAGAAAUCUUGGAAGCCGAGGACUUGGAAAUUGUGGUAGACAUUGGAUUGGGUAACGAAAGCUGUCAAUAUUGGACUUGUGACUUGUCUCAUGACUACGUCACUAUCAACGGUGAUUACAGAUCUUAA